AAGUCCAAAAAUUAUAAAUACAUGAAGCGAGAUAAUAUUUCAUACAGCGUCCUACACAUCUUUCUCUCCCUAUUCCAAAACUCGAAUUUACCCGAAACCCUAAUUUCCCAAAAUUUCCCCAAAUUCGACAAUGGAACAAGAAAAGAGCCAGACGAUGUACAAUCUCUUCGUGAAGCACUUAGACGGUAAAACCCUAACCCUAUUAUUCCCUUCUCCGAUCCUUUACGCAAAUUCGAUCAAGGAUCGUCUUUUCCAACUCACCGGAAUCCCAAUCCAACACCAACGCCUCGUCACCGGUUGCCGCCACCUCAACGACGACAAAUCGGCAAUAUGUUGUUCGCCGGAAGGAGGGAACAUGUUCCCAUCUGUGCGUCUUCUUCUUCGUCUGAAAGGUGGGAAAGGAGGAUUCGGAUCGUUGCUUCGUGGAGCGGCGACGAAGGCGGGGCAGAAAAAGACGAACAAUUUCGAUGCGUGUAGGGAUAUGAGUGGAAGAAGGUUGAGACAUGUGAAUGCUGAGAAGAGAUUGGAGGAAUGGAGAGCUGGUGAAGAAGAUAGAAAGCUUGAGAAGGUUGCUGAGGAGUUUCUGAAGAAACAGAUGAAGAAGAAUAAGGGUAAGGGUAAGAAUGGUGAUGGUGAAGCUCAGAAGUAUGUAGCUAAAUAUAGGGAACAAUCUGAACGUUGUGUUGCGGAGGUUGCUUUGUCUGUUCAGGAUUCUCUCAAGCGGAAAUCUUCGCCUACAUCGGAAGCUUCUCUUCCUAGUGAUCCCAAGAAAUUGAAGAUAUGGAUGGGGAAGAGGACAUUGAAUGAAAGUGAUAGUGAUGAUUCUGAUGAAGAUGUUGAUAAUGAUGAGGGGGAAACCGAGAAAUCUGUUUUGUUAAAUAGUCAGAAUGAGUCUGGGUUAAAUAAGGCGGAAGAUAGUUCUGAUUCUGUGAAUGGUCUAAAGCGGGAUGGAGAAUCUUCUGGGGUCGGCUCAUGUGAGAGUGGAUCUGAAGAAGAGAAGGAAACCGUUGAAGAAGGCAAAGUUGAAACUGUUGGAGGAUCCCAGAGUAGUGAAACUAUUAAGGAAAAUCUGAGUGUUGCUGCCGAACCCAUGGUAAAUGAUGAUGUGAUGGAGGCUAAUGCGGUGCCUUGUUCAGAGGCAUUGGAGUCUGGAAUUAGUGCUCAAGAUAAUGGCUGUCAGGAUUACAAGGUUCAUGGCACUGUAACUCAAGACUCAAAUAUUGUGAGCUCUGAAAUUCUGCCAAAUGACAUGGAAGUUGAUGGUUCUCUUGAGGAUAAAACGGCUGUCAUGGAAGUAAGCUUGCCAAACACUACUGUUCCUGCAAAGGAGGAGCCUCUGAAUUUUGAUGAUUUUAAUUCAGCUGCAGAACUUGAGGUUCUUGGCUUGGAAAAUUUGAAGACUGAACUCCAAUCACGUGGGUUAAAAUGUGGAGGUACUUUGCAGGAGCGUGCUGCAAGGCUUUUUCUUUUAAAAUCGACUCCCCUGGAUAAACUUCCGAAGAAACUGCUAGCAAAGAAAUGAAAAGUACUUUGAAAUGCAUCUAUCAUCCGUGAAGCAGUUUGUUCUCUGUACAGUAUGUUAUAACCGCUCCUAUGUUUUUGUUUAGCAGUUAAUUGUGUAUUGGCUUGCAAAAAAGACUAAUGCCUGCAUUUUAUGUUUGUUUUGUUUUUCACUGUGAGCUAUUUGAUGCAAUAAUACUGUUACCAAACUGCCAAAAGAAGCUGGACAAAUGUAUAACCCGCAAGUCUUGUGUUAUAUUAUGAACAAUUUCAAUUUUGCUUUUA